AUGGGCAGUGGGUCAGAUGGGGACGUCUUCCUGAAUAUAUUUGGAGAUCAUGGUAACACAGGCAAGAUAAGACACUUUUCGUGCUUUACAGUUGUUCUCUGAGUCCACUGUGAGAAUACAAGCACUAUUCUUUCUGUCAUUAGCUGUUUGAUUUCAUUAUAUAUCACUCUAUAUUCUAUAUGGUUUCAUUUAAUAGCAUCAAAGGGGAGAGGUGACAAAGAUAACUUUGAGCGAGGCACAGAGGACAAGUUUACUAUUGAAGCACCAAACAUGGGAAGGCUGAAGAAAAUCACCAUUGGCCACAACAACAGGGGCUCAUCAGCUGGAUGCUGUGUAGAUAAGGUAUACACACACACACAUACACUCACACUCACACUCACACACUGUUAUCUGUCUCCAGGUGGUGAUUGAUGACAUGGGGAAUAAGGAGGUGUAUGAGUUUCCAGGGAAUCGCUGGUUUGCCAUGGAUGAAGAUUAUGGGAAUAUACAGAGGGACGUGUUGUUGGGAGCAACACAACCCAUAGUAUGUGGAAAAAUUUCCCAACUCUUAGUACAAAACUCAAAACAGAUCAUCCAAAAGGCAGUUUAUUCGCAACUUUAAGCACAUUUCCAGUUGACUAAGUACAACUCACAAAAUCACACAGUAACUUUUCACCAAACCUAAUCAGUAUUUUAUCUAGAAAUACCUUUCGUAUAAAGUAAUUGCCUUUCACAAUGUAAUGAUCACACUACUUUUCAUAUGAUUAUCUUCUCAUUUUAAAAAAUACAUUUGACCAUCACUUAAUCCAACUGCGCUUAAUGGUUAAUCAUUUAACCAUUUGGUAAACCUAUAGAUUUUAAACUGGUUUGUUAACUAAAUAUGGAUUUUGAGAACUACAGAAAUAAAAUGUGUGUUUGUAAAGUAUAAAAAUCUAUAUUACAUGUAUGAUACAUGAUAACCAUACAUAAUGACUACUCGUCAUUAGUAAUUGAUUUCACAUAGUGGUAACCACAAUUGGUCACCAUAUAUACUGAACAAAAAUAGAAACCCGAGCUGAGAAAAAAAUAAACUUAGAUUUUCCAUACGCACAAAAAGUGUAUUUCUCUGAAUUUUGUGCACAAAUUUGUUUACAUCCCUAUUAAUUAGCAUUUCUCCUUUGCCAAUAUAAUCCAUCCACUUGACAGGUGUGGCAUAUUAAGAAGCUGAUUAAACAGCAUGAUCAUUACACAGGUGCACCUUGUGCUGGGGACAAUAAAAGGCCACCUUAAAAUGUGCAGCUUUGUCACACAACACAAUGCCACAGAUGUCUCAAGUUUUGAGGGAGCGUGCAAUUGGCAUGUUGACUGCAAGAAUGUCCACCAGAGCUGUUGCCAGAGGAUUUCAUGUUAAUUUCUCUAACAUAAGCUGCCUCCAACGUCGUUUUAGAGAAUUUGGCAGAACGUCUAACCGGCCUCACAACUGCAGACCACGUGUAACCACUCCAGCCCAUGACCUCCACAUCGGGCUUCAUCACCUGCGGGAUCGUCUGAGGCGGUGUAGUGUGCUGAGGAGUAUUUUGGUCUGUAACAAAGCCCUUUUGUUCGGAAAAACUCAUUCUGAUUGGCUGGGCCUGGCUCACACCAAUGGCUGCACCCCUGCCCAGUCAAGUGAAAUCCAUAGAUUAGGGCCUAAUGAAUUGAUUUCAAUUGACUGAUUUCCUUAUAUGAACUGAAAUUCUUGCAUGUUGCAUUUAUAAUUUUGUUCAGUAUAAAAGGGGGCAUGUGAACACUUGCAAUUUCUUUCAACAUGGAGCAGGAUAGACAGCAAGGAAGAGAAAUAAAUCAAAGAGCUCGUGGACAAGGGGCCUGUCAGAGCGGUGGUCAUGGGCCCCAUCAAAGAGGUAAAAUAAGUGGGCAGAGGCCUUUCCAUGGCAGAGGCUGACAGAUUAGUUCAUCCCAAUCUGAAAAGAUUGUCAAUUCGAUCAUGAGACAAAAUCGGUAAGUCUGCAGGAUAUGCACUAUAUUUGACAUUUUUGUCAUUUAGCAGACACUCUUAUCCAGAGCAACUAGGGUUAAGUGCCUUGCUCAAGGGCAUAUCAACAGAACCUUGUUGCUCAAGGGCAUAUCAACAGAACCUUGUCAGCUCGGGGAUUUGAAACAGCAACCUUUCAGUUACUGGCCCAACGCUCUAACCACUAGGCUACCUGCCGCCCCACUAUGCUUAACCAUUACAGUUACAUUAAAUUACAUAUUGUAAUGCAUGUAAAUUCACAAAACAUGUUACAGUAGUCUUAUAGUAUGAUCUAUUGACAGUAUACUCUGUUCUACCCUCAGAAUUGACUGAAGAUUCCAUGUUGGUGUCAGUGGCCGUGUGUGGCAUCCGACAGCCUACCAACAAUCGCCUGCCUUUUGAAGAGGCACCAGGUAUUUAUGAAAAACAUUUACCUGGUGCCUUUUGAGAGAAACAACGACUGGGUGAAACAACUGUGGGCUGAGUAUGUUCAGGUACAGCACUAUAUACUGUAUUACUGAUACUAUUUGAUGCAUAUGCUACUUAACAAUAUCAUAUUGGAACUAUACUGUAAAAAUAACUAACCAAAAUAUAUUUUUAGAUGGUGAUGGUGCUUAAUGCUGCUGUGAACCAUCACAAGUAUAUCUUUGUUGAUGAAAUGGGCUUCAACCUGGCCAAAACUCAGCGCCAAGGGCGGAACCUCAACGGCCAACGGGCGACCGUCCUAGUGCCUGGACAACGUGGGGGAAAAAUCUCCAUAUGCUCAGCUAUCUCCGAAGAUGGUGUGGUAGGACGUAGGCCAUUACUUGGAUCCUACUACACUGCACACCUCAUUGUGUUUCUCAGUGUCAGGUUCCACCAUGCAGAGGUGGUUCAGGCAUGGUUUCGGGCCCAUCCCCAGUUCGUGACCCUAUAUACCUGCCCCCAUACUCUCCUUUCCUCAACCUUAUUGAGGAUUAUUUUUCAGCAUGGAGGUGGAACACACUCUAAAAAUAAAAGGUUCCUGGAGUGGUUCUUCAAAUUGAAACUGUGGGGGAACCCCUAUAUGUUCUUCAAAGGCCACCUUUUAAUGGAUCCUCAAAGAACCUUUUUGAAAAAACUUUUGGGGUUAAGUUUUGAACUACCCCCCCUCCCAUAUUAUUAUUAUUAUUAAUAAUAGUUGAGUUUUUACCAAAAAGUUAUAUUUUGGUUUCAUCUGACCAUAUGACAUUCUCCCAAUCCUCUUCUGGAUCAUCCAAAUGCACUCUAGCAAACUUCAGACGGGCCUGGACAUGUACUGGCUUAAGCAGGGGGACACGUCUGGCACUGCAGGAUUUGAGUCCCUGGCGGCGUAGUGUGUUACUGAUGGUAGGCUUUGUUACUUUGGUCCCAGCUCUCUGCAGGUCAUUCACUAGGUCCCCCCGUGUGGUUCUGGGAUUUUUGCUCACCGUUCUUGUGAUCAUUUUGACCCCACUGGGUGAGAUCUUGCGUGGAGCCCCAGAUCGAGGGAGAUUAUCAGUGGUCUUGUAUGUCUUCCAUUUCCUAAUAAUUGCUCCCACAGUUGAUUUCUUCAAACCAAGCUGCUUACCUAUUGCAGAUUCAGUCUUCCCAGCCUGGUGCAGGUCUACAAUUUUGUUUCUGGUGUCCUUUGACAGCUCUUUGGUCUUGGCCAUAGUGGAGUUUGGAGUGUGACUGUUUGAGGUUGUGGACAGGUGUCUUUUAUACUGAUAACAAGUUCAAACAGGUGCCAUUAAUACAGGUAACGAGUGGAGGACAGAGGAGCCUCUUAAAGAAGAAGUUACAGGUCUGUGAGAGCCAGAAAUCUUGCUUGUUUGUAGGUGACCAAAUACUUAUUUUCCACCAUAAUUUGCAAAUAAAUUCAUUAAAAAUCCUACAAUGUGAUUUUCUGGAUUUUUUUUUCUCAAUUUGUCUGUCAUAGUUGACGUGUACCUAUGAUGAAAAUUACAGGCCUCUCUCAUCUUUUUAAGUGGGAGAACUUGCACAAUUGGUGGCUGACUAAAUACUUUUUUCCCCCACUGUAUUAUACUGUACAGGGCAGCGGGUAGCCUAGUGGUAAGGGUUGGGCCUGUAAACGAAUGGUUUCUAGUUUGAAUCCCUGAGCCAACAAGGUGAAAAAUCUGUUGAUGUGCCCUUGAGCAAGGCACUUAACUCUAAUUGCUCCAGAGUCACCGUUGAUAAUGGCCGACCCUGGCCGUGACCGCAUUCUCCGAGAGUGUCCCAGGGAGAGUGGGAUAUGCAAAACACACAUAUUCCAAUUCUCACAUGCGUAUUAACACACUCGUACAUCUGUGAAAUAGGACAAAUAAGGUUUACCCUUUACCUGCAUACUGUGCCAGAGAAUUCUAUUAUAUCAUGUUAAAAUUAAAUGAAUAUAUUUACAGUGUGUACAGUGCCUUGCAAAAGUAUUCAUCACCCUUGGUGUUUUUCCUAUUUUGUUAGAUUACAACCUGUAAUUUAAAUGGAUUUUUAUUUGUAUUUCAUGUAAUGGACAUACAUAAAAUAGUCCAAAUUGGUGAAGUGAAAUGGAAAGAAAUCACUUGUUUCAAAAAAUUCUAAAAAAUGAAUAACGGAAAAGUGGUGCGUGCAUAUGUAUUCACCCCCUUUGCUAUGAAGCCCCUAAAUAAGAUCUGGUGCAACCAAUUACCUUCAGAAGUCACAUAAUUAGUUAAAUAAAGUCCACCUGUGUGCAAUCUAAGUGUCACAUGAUCUCAGUAAAUAUACACCUGUUCUGAAAGAGUCUGCAACACCACCCCAGAGUCUGCAACACCACUAAGCAAGGGGCACCAUCAAGUAAGCGGCACCAUGAAGACCAAGGAGCUCUCCAAACAGGUCAGGGACAAAGUUGUGGAGAAGUACAGAUCAGGGUUGGGUUAUAAAACAAUAUCUGAAACUUUGAACAUCCCACGGAGCACCAUUAAAUCCAUUAUUAACCACAACAAACCUGCCAAGAAAGGGCCGCCCACUAAAACUCACGGACUAGGCAAGGAGGGCGUUAAUCAAAGAGGCAACAAAGAAACCAAAGAUAACCCUGAAGGAGCUGCAAAGCUCCACAGCGGAGAUUGGAGUAUCUGUCCAUAGGACCACUUUAAGCCGUACACUCCACAGAGCUGGGCUUUACGGAAGAGUGGCCAGAAAAAAGCCAUUGCUUAAAGAAAAAGCAUUUUGGUGUUCGCAGUUUGGUGUUCGCCAAAAGGCAUGUGGGAGACUCCCCAAACAUAUGGAAGAAGGUACUCUGGUCAGAUGAGACAAAAAUUGAGUUUUUUGGCCAUCAAGAAAAACUCUAUGUCUGGCGCAAACCCAACACCUCCCAUCACCCCGAGAACACCAUCCCCACAGUGAAGCAUGGUGGUGGCAGCAUCAUGCUGUGGGGAUGUUUUUCAUCGGCAGGGACUGGGAAACUGGUUAGAAUUGAAGGAAUGAUGGAUGGCGCUAAGUACAGGGUAAUUCUUGAGGGAAACCUGUUUCAGUCUUCCAGUGAUUUGAGACUGGGACGGAGCUUCACCUUCCAGCAGGACAAUGACCCUAAGCAUACUGCUAAAGCAACACUCGAGUGGUUUAAGGGGAAACAUUUAAAUGUAUUGGAAUGGCCUAGUCAAAGCCCAGACCUCAAUCCAAUUGAAAAUCUGUGGUAUGACUUAAAGAUUGCUGUACACCAGCGGAACACAUCCAACUUGAAGGGGCUGGAGCAGUUUUGCCUUGAAGAAUGGGCAAAAAUCCCAGUGGCUAGAUGUGCCAAGCUUAUAGAGACAUACCCCAAGAGACUUGCAGCUGUAAUUGCUGCAAACGGUGGCUCUACAAAGUAUUGACUUUGUGGGGGUGAAUAGUUAUGCACGCUCAAGUUUUCUGUUUUUUUGUCUUAUUUCUUGUUUGUUUCACAAAAAAAAUUAUUUUGCAUCUUCAAAGUGGUAGGCAUGUUGUGUAAAUCAAAUGAUACAACCCCCCCCCCCCCCCCCCCAAUCCAUUUUAAUUCCAGGUUGUAAGGCAACAAAAUAGGAAAAAUGCCAAGGGGGGUGAAUACUUUCGCAAGCCACUGUAUUUAUUUUGGCCAGAGCAGAAGUAAUAUUUAUACACACUAUGUGCUGUACCAGAGCUUUCAAAUACACUGAGGCAUUUGUAUUCACAAUGUAGCUACCCGAGUUCUCUCAAGAACACCCAAUGAAAAAGUACAGGAAUACUCAAAAUGAUAGAAUACCUACAUUGCCACUGAAUAAACCUGUAACCAGAUGACUUCACUUGAUGAAUACAGUUAUAUCCUACAAGUGAUGAACUCCUACUUAGUGAUUAUGAUGGAUUGUGGUGCAUUAGCCCACUCUCCAUCAUCCUGCCAUUGUCUAAUUGGUUAGUGACAUGUUGCUCUGCCCCCUUUGCAGUGAUAAACUACGAGAUCACGGCGGUCACGGGGAACAUGCGCAAUGGUGGCACCAACGCCAAUGUGUUCUGCCAGAUCUAUGGAGAGGAGGGCAAGACUGAGCUCAUCUGCCUCAAGAGCCGCUCCAACAACCUUGAGCGCGGGACCACAGAGAUAUUUAAAGUCAGACACAGUCAGUGAACCAGUAAAAGAAGUCUACUGACUACACAUUCAUUGGUUUCAAAUUGUGGGAAAAGUAUUUUCCUUUUGUGAAUUAGUUGGAUUCAUGAAGAGUACAGCUAUCAUUGGUUUUGAGAAGACUUAGCAUAAAAUCAGUCAUUCUGCCAUGUUGUGGAGUGGAGUGAUGAGGACAAAUCUCUGAAUAACCACCAUUGGCCUGUCUUACUGUCUCUCACCCCACAGAUCGAGGCACUGAACGUGGGCAAAUUAUUCAAGAUCUGCAUCGGGUACGACGGUUCUGGUAUGGGCGAUGGGUGGUUCCUUGAGACGGUGGACUCGCCAUGGUGCAGAUGGAGGCAGCGAAGGAGAAGCCGAAGGAUGACAAGAAGGACAAGAAGAAGAAGAAAAAGAAGAAGAAGAAAGAGGAGGAUGAGGAAGAGGGGCAUGUGACAGAGCUCCAGAAGGUGGUGGAGAGCGUGACCUUUCCCUGUCAGCGCUGGCUGGCCCGCGACGAGGAGGACGGGAAGAUCAUGGUGGAGCUCCUCCCAGAGGACCUUGGAGACCUGGAGGGCUUAUGUGUACGUCAACAUCUACGGAGAGAUGGGCGACAAGGGCGAGCGGAGACUCAGGAAGUCAAUCAACCUGAACACAUUUGAGAAAGGGCAGGUGAGACAUCUGUCAAUAUGAUGAUGAUGUCAAUAUCUGAGUCGCUGUUGAACUACAACCUCUUUCCCAUUGACCCAGCUGUUUGACCUUUGUGCAUGGUCCCCUGUUGUUACGGAUCAAAUAAAUUAAAACAAUUAACAAUUAUUGAUCAUUGAACAGAUACCUUUUAUUAACCUUUUAUUUAUGCCUUUGACCUCUGACCUUUCCCGUGGUUCCCUGCUGGGUUCAGGAGGGCGUGUUCUCCAUCCCGGCCAUCGAUCUGGGUGUUCUGAAGAAGCUGAGGAUUCGCCAUGACAACAGCCAGCCUCAUGCCGCCUGGUUCCUGGACUGGGUGGAGAUAGUAGACAACAAAGACCAUGUAAGGGAGGGGAGGAGGCAGGCACGGGAUUACACAAUAGGAGAGGAUUAUUAA